AACUAAACAACAUGAGAGCCAGCAGUGACACUUGAGUAUAAAUAAUAUUAACAAACAGUACUACACUGACUUAAUAAUAACUCCAGCCGUAUGUGUGACAGAGGACAGAGGGAGAUACGGAUGGACUUCCGGUUUCCGGAGUGGUAUUCGCUGUCAUGCAUGCAGCUCGGCCUGUAGGAAUGUAGACGCCACACCACCACUCCUCCGUGUCCCUCACGUGUUUCCCAGCGCCCCCCCCCCCCUUCUUUUUUUUUUUUACAUUUUUCAACACGUAGCUUAGUUUAUCAUAUAGUAAUCGAUACGUUAUAAUAAAAACAUGUCUAUACUCUCAUCCACAUUAAGCUCAAGCUGGGUUAUUAAUAUAAUGUUUAGAUCCCCCUUCACUUAGUGUAUUGCCUGUGCUUCGUGCCUUCCUUAUGCUCACUCUUCUGGGCGUAUCUUCCUUCGUGUUUUUGCAUUGGCGUCGGUGCAGGAGCGGCUCACGCGACGAUGCUGCGUUUCAAUGCGGUCGAGCAGCUCUCCCCAUCACCACCAAGACGGAGGCGGAGUUGGAUCAGUAUGCCAAGGAAGUGCUGGACUUCAGCUCGCAUUAUGGCGGCGAAGGGAGCAUGUCUUACACGAUGUGGAACGCAGCCGGAGCCCCCAGCGUCUUCCCGAGCUCGGGGGACUUCACGCACACUGCUGUGUUCCGGACGUACGGAUGCUGGUGGGAGGAUAAGCGUGUAGAGCAGAGGUUCAGCCGCACUCCGCGCUCCUUCCACAGCCGAGAUUUUCUCGAGGUGGCGUUCGAAGAGCAGGUUUUUCCCACCUCCAUCACCGUUCUGGAGACCUACCACCCCGGGGCAAUCGUCCAAAUCCUUGCAUGCUCACUUAACCCCUAUGCUGAAAACUACACUACUGAUGCCAGGUGGGAGGUGCUGUGGGCCGGGGAGCCCACCAAAGUCGGCAGUUCUCAGGCGCGCCGGUUUUGUCCCCCUAUUCGCCAGAUUAACUUUGCCACUAAUUUACUGCGUUUGGAAGUGAACAGCUCUUUAUUAGAUUAUUACACCGAGCUGGACGCCAUUGAGCUGCGCGGUGGGCGCAACCACGUCAGCAGCCUCACCACGCCCGUCAUCGCCAAAAUCAUACCCGACGGCGACAGAGUCAUGUCUUGCAACGAGGUCAACAUGGGCAACGGGUACUUCGACAAACUACCAUACGAGCUGAUCCAGUUGAUUGUGAGUCACCUGGCCGUGCCAGAUUUGUGUCGCCUGGCUCAGAGCUGCAAGCUCCUACAGCGCCACUGUUACGACCCGCUGCAGUACGUCCAGCUCAGCCUGCAGCCGUAUUGGUUCCGCUUGAACGAUCUGUCUCUGGCACACUUACAAUCCCGCUGUGCACUCCUUCAGCGCCUCAACAUGUCCUGGACCGGAAACAGAGGCGCCGUCACGGAUAGCGGAUUCUGCAGUUUUAUCAGGGCCUGUGGUGCAAACUUGGUGUGUUUGGAGCUGUCUUGUUGUCACUUCUUAAACGAAAUGUGUUUGGAGGUGAUCGCGCAGACCUGCGUCAGCCUCCAGGAGCUCGACCUUGCGUCGUGCGACCGUCUCGAACCUCUGGCGUUCAACCGAAUCGCUGAACUCGGACGUCUGCGCCGACUCGUCCUGUACCGCACCAAGAUAGAGCAAACAGCCAUACUGAGCAUCCUGACAUUCUGCAAUGAACUGCGACACCUCAACUUAGGCAGCUGCGUGAUGAUAGAGGACUUUGACGUGGUGGUGAGUGUGUUGAGCGCCCGUUGUCGUUCCCUCGUGUCUCUGGAUUUGUGGCGCUGCAGGAGCCUGAGCGAGCGCGGCCUCUCCGAGUUAGUGUCGGGCUGCAGCGCUUUGGAGGAACUCGACCUGGGGUGGAGCUCCGCCCUUCACAGUGGCUCCGCCCUCCACGGUGGAUCUGCCUCAUUCAGACAUGCAGCGCGUGGACUGAGCCGUCUGCGCAGACUCUACCUCACCGCUAACCGCAAUAUCUGUGACGCAGACCUGGAACAUAUCGCAACACACUGUCCUGCACUGGAGCACCUCGAUAUAUUGGGUACGCGAUUGGUGAGUCCGGCCGCUCUGCGCAAGCUGCUCCAGUCGUGUCCCCGCCUGCGUCUGCUCGACGUUUCCUUCUGCUCGCAGAUUGACGCACGGACUGUACAAGAGCUCAGUGCGCUUUUCCCAAACGUCUCCAUCAAAAAGAGUUUCACUCAGUGACGCCUAAACUUAAACCCUACAGACACUAGGACCCUGUGGUCUGGUACUCACACAAUAGACACCACAAUGAGCACAAACACAAAAGUGAUGCACUGGGUGAAAGAAAGCGCUGAAGUACAUACUCACACUCGCACUCACUUACACACUCACUCACACACACAAACCUAUAUUUGAAUCAGUGCAUUCUGGUUGGCUGAGAGCAGCAGUGGAGUAAGUGGUUGCACAUAUCUAUAUGUCCAUCACAGUGCUGAGUAGCGACGUGUGUGUCAUUGUGCUUUCAGUAACAACCUGCAGUAUUUUACAUUGAGCUCUUAUGGCCUGAAAUAUGAACAAGUUUUAAAACAUUUGACAAUAAUGAACAUAAGUAACAGGUAUUGCAGUUCAAAUAGAAGUGAACAGUCAUUGUCUGGAUUAAAAGACUUGAUGCCGUGUAGGGAAAAAGGAACUCAAGUGGAAAUCUUGCAGAUAUCUUUUCAUCUUUUUCUCAAGUGCAUGCAGGUGAAGAUUUAAAGAAAUCACUUGUUGAAUUGAAUAAAGGUAGCGAUUCCGGUGUAGUUUAGUGAAUAUUAGGUUGUUUUCACAUUAAGCACGAUUGGUUCGUACCGUCUCCAGGAACAAUUGCUCCCCGACUGGCCAGCGUUCGCAUUAUUUUUGCUCUCCGUUCACGGGUACGCUUAUGUAUUUUCACUCUCUGAUACAGCACCUACUUGGUUUGUGAUCAGCUUGUGGUUAUCCAAAUUUCUGAAAAAAUGUCAAGAGUAAUGCUCUCGCGUGCAUUCCUACUGUUCCUACUGUAUCAGCUAUGGAUGUGUAGGUCAGAGGAUGAGAUGACACGUAGAUUCCGGAGAAGACGACGACAUUGCAUCCGAUGAUAUCGCAUCUAAACAGCAACGUAAUUCCGUUCUCAGGUACGAUUUGCUUCCAUACCUGAUUCGAUACCUCUUUUCACUGAUCAAAAUAAACUAGACUUUGGGUUCAGAUGUUCUCAGAAACCAUCCCAGGCCUAAUGUGAAAACGCUCCUAAAAAGGAAAUGCAUUAACCAAGUCCCAUUUUUUUUUUUUUGAGUGAAAAACAUAGUGUCCACAACUACGUAUAUAACUGCACAAUUUUCAUUAUUAUUAAUAUAUAAAGGCUUUUUUUUCUUUUUUGUUUACUGUUUUUUUGUUUACUUGUUUUUUUAAUAGACUGCCCCCUAGUGGAUAUGCUUAUAUUAUUUUUGAAGGCACAUUUAAAAGAAUCCCUUUGUGCCUAGCUGCAAGUACAUCCAAGUAGAUCCUAGUAAGGAAUUAUAGGAAAUCAAAUUGAUUUUCUGUUAAGUGCAGCAGAUUCCUGAAUCCAAUCUGUCACUACUUUGUGGAAACAGGAGAUGAUGAUAAUAACACUAUAAUAAUCGGCGUAUCAUACCCAACAGCAUGAGGCGAUUUCUGCGUAUGGAAUACGGUAUAAAAACACUUUUUAAUAGACAUGCAAAGAUUUUUUUGACAAAAUCAAUAAAAAUCGAUACACAAAUUUAAAUGUUGAUUAGUUGAUGAUGUCAUCGCUCUUGAUUCUGGUGAGAACUGUGAACACUCUGACAUGGAGCUGUCAGACUUACUGGAGUGAAGUGAGUAAUAGCACGAUGGCAAACGCCUUAACAGGCAAAAAACGUGUGGGAACAUUUCGCUCUGAACUCAAACAAAACAGCUUUUAAAAUCAGAGGGAAAGACUUUGUGCUGGCGGAGACGAGGCCAAGCAGUGCUUUGUGAAGGACAAGUAAGUGGGAAAAGAUUCACAUGUGGAUAAUUACUGACGGUGUGUUGCUGUGAGCCGGGCUUUUAUUUUCAGUUCUCCUUGAUGAACCUUUUUUAGUGAGAUACACACACACACACACACACACACACACACACGCCUUAUUGCUGGCUAUAAAGGUCUAAACAAGCGUUUUUGCUUUCACGCUGUUGUGCUCUCCAUGUUUUUCAGCUCACAGCAACACACACACACACACACUAAUUAGAUAUAUUCUCCUUAUGUAUGUUUCUUCUCCCCACUUACUUUACUCUCAGGCCUUUCACACUUCACUUCGCUUGACCCCGCACCUGCCACUUGGCCACGCCCCUUCACCGCAGACUGGUGCUCAGUUUUCUUAACAUUUCAACUUAACUCCCAUAAUUACCAUGCGCCAUUUUUACUUUUUAAUUAUUAAUUAUAUUUUAUUGCUGGUUCUUUGCUUUUCCUUGGCUUUAGACUUUGAUUUAUCAAAAAAAUAAACAUCAAAAAACAUAUUUUUUUUUAAAAAGUUUUCAUCUUUAUUAUGUUGAUUGUUGGUUACCACAGGGACAAAACAACCUCAAGCUGAUCGCUAAACAAGAGUUAUUGAGUAAUUGUGCCAUUUGUAAUCUGAUUCAUCUUUAAUUUUUUUCUCUUUUUUUCUUGCACACGGCUUAAAACGAUUAGCGCUAUCCUCACGUUAAUGUUGCAGACAUAAUGGUAACCCCCCACCACCCCCCCCCCCCACCACCACCAUAACUUCCUCAUAGAUCUGUCUCAACGAUUUGCUGGAAAAUUAAUAAACUGGAAUAAACUUAUCUGCACCGCUAUCACUAUCAUCUGCAACACUAACAGGACAAACACUAAAAACUAGAUGUUACCUGAAAUGUUUGAGGGUGCUGAUUAGAAGUGGCUGUACAGGACGUACAGUACACACAACUGCUGUGAUUUUUUUAAGUGAAUAGAGUUUUUUAUUAGUGAUUAAAUCAAAAUACAGCAAUGCAUAUUAAUUUUUGGACAUUUUGAAGAUUGAAAUGGUAAAUGAAGUGUUGGACAUGCAGUCUGAGAAGCUCUCGGACAUCCGAUCCGUGUUUCGAACUCAGCUCUGUACUGCUGCUGAUUUUAUUAAUGCGUCAUGUUAGGGUUAAUUAAGCAUUGAAAAUUAAGUUUGUUGGAUUAUUUAUUCAAGAUUUGAAUUCCAUAACACGUGCCAUGAACAAUGUGUGUGUGUGUGUUUACUGGAAGGUCUUCCAUUUCCUUCAAAAUAACAUGCUGAAUACCAGUGUCAGUGCCUUAUGUUGAAGAAUAGAUCCUGUGUGUGUGUGUGUGUGUGUGUGUAUGAGAAAUACAGUUGCGAGUUUAAUAAAUAUGAACAAUACAGA